AAGAGGGGCUGUACAUAUGCCUGUCUGGGUGUCUGGGUGGCAGUACAUGUGAUGGGAUAACAGUUCUGAAUCUACUCUGCCGAUGCCUUGUAAAUUUUGAUGCUCUCAGUACGGAUUGCGAAUUGCUAAUUUCCCUGUUAUUGUGUUUAAAAUGUAUCCAAACCAGGACUGAAGGUUUUGGAUACGGUAUAUCCUGGAAAAAUCUCGUCUUCAUAUUCAGUUGCGGACGCUAUAGGCCGGAAGUUCAAGAUGGGUAACGUGUUUGGAGAUCCAGCUUUAUCAGCCUUUCAACAGAAGAAACUGUUACACGAAUUUCACACUUUUUUCGAUCUGAAUAAAGAUGGUACAUUAGAAUGGAAAGAUUUCGACCUGGCUCGAAAGCAAGUGUGUGAGAUGAGCGGCUGGCCCGUGGGAUCUCAGCGCUACACAGACACCCAGAGCCUGUUUAUAGAGCUGUGGCGGAGGUUACAGGACGACGGGGACAGUGAUUGUGACGGGAAAAUAACAUGUGAGGAAUGGUUAAAAAUGUGGGAGAAAUUCAACGCAAACAGCGAGAAGGAAGAUAAGAAGGAUGCUAAAGAUAAAGUCUCGGAAGAGGAGACAACUCUGCGUAUACCGGAGUGGCUGGAGAGAUAUAUUGAGUACAAAUUCAACUUACUGGACAGAGCGGCGGAUGGUCACAUAGACGUUGACGAAUUUGAAUACGUCAUUUCAAAUUUUGGAGUUCCCGCUAAAGAUGCCCGAUCUGCCUUUUUAAUGUUUUCCCAGGGCAACCAGAAAAAAGUGGACCGAAAAUAUUUUCGUGAGCUCACGGCCGAAUUCUUUCGGUCAGAUGAUCCUAGUUCUUUGGGAAAUUUCAUAACGGGGAAGUUGGAAUUUUCGUGAUGACAACGAAAGUUGUGACGUUGCAAUUCAUUUCGCCGAGGCUGUAACGUGUACUGACGCUUACUUCGUGACGUUUUUCUCACCUUUCCUAAUUUGAUAUGCACGUGCAUCUCGGAAUUACAGGACAGCCACAGUUUCGAAUUUUCCCUUUCCAUGUGCUGGAUUGUAUGGCUAACUACCUGAUCAGAUCCACGUGGCGAAUACGCUUUCGGGACGAGGUUAUUGGUUUGCGUUGUAGAUUUACCCUGUGAACUUCUGUAACUUUGACAUUAAAUAAAUCGUUUGGUAAACAUGAAAUAUAACAUGUACAUAUG